AUGGACCAAACACAGAGAAGAAUGCUGGACCAGCCCCUUUCCAUCCCCACUGCCCAGCCCAAGAAGAAAAGGACAUCAGUGAUACCUUUCUUUUCCAAGGUCUCUUGGAAACUGAGGCUCCAGAAGCAGGAGCCUCUGAAGAAUGUGUUUUUCAACUUGGCAGAGAGAGCCUGGGACCCCAGUUUUAAAAAGCGUCAUAUGGCAAUGAGAAGCCUGGGAACUAUGGCCUGUGAGACCCCGGACAAGGAGAAUGACAGCCUGAGAUACUCGGCCUUUGUCUUGUUUGGGCAACUGGCUGCCUUUGCUGGGCGGAAAUGGAAGAGAUUUUUCACCCGUCAGGUGAAGCAGACUCAGGAUUCUCUCCUGACCCAUUUACAGGAUAGGAAUCCCCAGGUUGCCAAGGCUUGCAAAACAACUUUUCGAGCCUGUUCUCCGUAUCUGAGACAAAGGAAGGACUACAGCUUCCAGAGUGAAGAGGGUCAAAGGAACCCUAAACUCUGCCGGCAGCUGAGCCACUAUCAUCCAGAGCUCCUGCAGUUCCUCUAUGCAAAUAAAAUCCUGUAA